AUGAGUCAAUCCGAAGUUCCAGCCCUGAGGGCUAACCAGGCUCGCCUGGCAGAGACUCUUCAUGAAAGCUGCCAAUUUGGGGCAGCUCAUCCCUAUGGAAGCGACACAACCGAGACCGGGAUGGCCAGAUUAAGUCUCGAUGACUCCGACAAGGCCGUCAGGGACUGGUUCAUCAAGUCUGCUGAGUCCCUUGGCUGCAAAGUGUCAGUGGAUGAGAUGGGAAAUAUCUUUGCCGUCCGGCCUGGCAAGAACAACGAUGCGCCUCCCAUCAUGAUGGGCUCGCAUCUCGAUACCCAGCCCACCGGCGGCCGCUACGACGGUAUCCUCGGAGUCCUAGGUGGUCUGGAAGUUUUGAAGGUGCUAAACGAGAACUCUUAUGAGACGGAAGGCCCCGUUGGUGUGGUCGACUGGACAAACGAGGAGGGCGCCCGAUUCCCAAAGAUGGCCGUAUCUUCUGGUGUCUGGGCCGAGCAAGUUCCCUUGGAAGACGCUUGGAACCUGAAAGAAGUAACUGCGAACCAUGACAGUCCCAAGACGAUGAAAGAAGAGCUCACCCGGAUCGGUUAUUUGGGUAAAAAUCCAGCUUCUUAUCGCUCGAAUCCUUUUGCUGCUCAUUUCGAGUUGCAUAUUGAGCAAGGCCCCAUUUUGGAAGAUCAAGGUCAAAAGAUUGGCGUUGUAGAAGGUGUCCAGGCCUUCAAGUGGUUUGAGAUUACAGUCAGGGGAAGGGACAGCCACGCUGGUACCACGCCUCUCUAUGCGCGAAAGGAUUCCGUCUUAAGUGCUGCGAGAAUGGUUGCUGCUGCCAAUCCUAUUGCUAAACGUCUCGGAGGAUUGACGACUACUGGCAUCUUUGAGACCAAGCCAGGAACUGUCAAUACCAUGGCACACACCGUAGUUUUCACACUCGACAUCCGCCACAUGAAGAAUGAAACUCUGAGCCUAAUGGAGGAGGAAUGCAGAGCCGAAUUUCAGAGGAUCGCACAUGAGGAUAGCGAGAAGGGCGUUCAAGUUGAGUGGAAGCUGCUCGUUGACAGUCCUGCGGUGGAAUUCAACCCUGACUGUAUUCGUGUCGUCGAGCAAAGUGCCACUGAUGUCUGCUCGGCGCUCCCACAAACACACCCUGAUGGUAAAUUGUGGCGGAGGAUGAUUAGCGGUGCUGGCCACGACAGCUGCUACACCAACACACGAUGCCCGACCAGCAUGAUCUUCACACCCACGAAAGAUGGAAUCAGUCACAAUCCUGUUGAGUACUGCUCUGCCGAAGAUUGUGCCUUGGGUGCGAGCGUAUUGCUGGGGGCCGUUUUACGAUACGAUAAGCUUCGUGCGGAGCGUGGAGACCUUGCUCCAUGA